AUGGACCGUUCUGCCCGUUCUAAACGCCGUCGCAUCGAUCCCAUCCGCUCCCCCGUGGACUCCUCCUCCGACGAACUCGCCGCCGGCUCCGACCACGAUGACGCUGAACGCCGCCGCGCCAGCUGGAACCUGCAGAAGACCUAUCCCCCCAAGCGGCCGUAUCCGCGGUCGCGCAGCUACAGUGGCUCCGAGAGCCCGGACGAGCUGACCAUGGACGUGGACAUGUACUGGCGGUCGCGGAAUCGCACGAGCCCAUUGGGGCGCGCGUCGGACGAGGAAGCGCGGGCCGACGACCACGAAGACGACGCGAUCCACGGCGACGACGACACCGAGGCUGGUGUUGACGGCGAAGCGCCGUAUACCGACCGAUCGCCUACGCCCGUACCCCCGCCCCCGCCGCCUCCGCCCCCCAAACCGGAGAAACUGCAUUAUCGACCGAAGUUCCUGCUGCGCGGGCAUCUGCGGGGGGUAUCGGCGGUGCGGUUUUCACCGGAUGCGACGAUGAUUGCGAGUGGUGGCGCCGACGGAGCUGUCAAGGUGUGGGACACGCUGAGUGGGAAGCUCAUUCAUACGUUCGAGGGCCAUCUGGCGGGGAUUUCGACCAUCUCGUGGAGUCCGGAUGGCGCGACGAUUGCGUCGGGGUCUGACGACAAGACGAUCCGUCUGUGGAAUGUGUUGACUGGCAAAGCACAUCCGAUCCCCUUUGUCGGCCACCACAACUACGUCUAUCAGAUUGCGUUCUCGCCCAAGGGCAACAUGCUGGUCAGUGGGUCCUACGACGAGGCAGUCUUCCUCUGGGACGUGCGGUCAGCGAGCGUGAUGCGGUCGCUGCCGGCACACUCGGAUCCAGUCGGCGGCAUCGACGUAGUCUGGGACGGGACGCUGAUCGCGUCGUGCGCGACGGACGGACUAAUCCGGAUCUGGGACACGGCGACGGGCCAGUGUCUGCGCACACUGGUGCACGAGGACAACCCGCCGGUGACGGCGGUCAAGUUCUCGCCCAACGGCAAGUUUGUGUUGGCGUGGACGCUGGACGACUGCGUGCGACUGUGGAACUACGUCGAGGGCCGCUGCAUCAAGACCUACCAGGGACAUGUCAACCGCAAGUACAGUUUGUCGGGCGGGUUUGGCGUUUACAGCGCGCCGGGCGGUCCGCCACAUGCAUUUGCUGUGAGUGGCAGCGAGGACGGUGCGGUGCUGUGCUGGGACGUCGUGAGCAAGAAGGUCCUCCAGCGGCUUGAUGGGCACACUGGGGUGGUUCUGGGAGUGGAUACGUGCACGCUGGGCGCCGCGCGAUACAUGGUUAGUUGCGGAUUGGAUGGGACGGUACGUGUCUACGAGGAGGGUGUCGAUGAGGGCAAUCAGGAGGGCGCUGUUGAGGGCGCCGACGAGCAGGAGCGGGAGCAUACGCCCGUGCCAGCGGACAGUGCUGCGCCGACGCCUGUACAGAACGAGGCGGAGCCGGAGGCAGAGCCCGAGCCAGAACCAGAACCAGAGUCCCAAGACACAGAGAUGACAGACGUCGAGACGCUUGGCAAUGGAUGA